UUUGACAGCACAAAGGAGUCGGCCAUUUUAUUGCUGGUUGGUGAACGGGGGGUGAAGUGAAGCUGUGGCUAGGCGCCCAGUGUAGCAUUGUUGUAUUUUUAUUGAGUUAUUUUUCUAAAUAUCCGUUUUAACCACGUACAAAACAGUAUACGUACUUAGUGUAAGUUUAGGUGUAUUUAUGUAUUGAGUCGGAAGAGCAAUGGACGAUCCAAAUAGGAUGAUGGCGCACAGCGGCGGGCUUAUGGGGCCGCAGGGCUACGGGCUGCCUGGCGGCGAGGGCGCUCCGGCGGCUGGCGAGGGCGAAGCGCGCAAACAAGAUAUAGGCGAAAUAUUGCAACAGAUCAUGAAUAUCACAGACCAGAGUCUUGAUGAAGCACAAGCGAGAAAACACACGCUCAAUUGUCACAGAAUGAAGCCUGCCCUAUUUUCAGUGUUGUGUGAAAUCAAAGAGAAAACAGUCCUGUCCCUCCGCAACACGCAAGAGGAGGAGCCUCCAGAUCCUCAGCUGAUGCGCCUGGACAACAUGCUGAUAGCCGAGGGGGUGGCUGGACCUGAAAAGGGUGGAGGCGCGGGUGCUGCAGCCUCGGCCUCUGCUGCUGCUGGGGAAUGGGACAACGCGAUCGAGCACUCUGACUACCGCGCGAAGCUGGCGCAGAUCCGGCAGAUCUACCACCAGGAGCUAGACAAGUACGAGAACGCGUGCAACGAGUUCACCACGCACGUCAUGAACCUGCUGCGCGAGCAGAGCCGCACCAGGCCUAUUACGCCUAAGGAAAUCGAGCGCAUGGUGCAGAUCAUCCACAAGAAGUUCAGCUCCAUCCAGAUGCAGCUGAAGCAGUCCACCUGCGAGGCUGUCAUGAUACUGCGCUCACGUUUCCUGGACGCGCGUCGCAAACGCCGCAACUUCAGCAAGCAAGCUUCGGAGAUCCUCAACGAGUAUUUCUACUCGCACCUCUCCAACCCUUACCCCAGCGAGGAGGCGAAAGAGGAGCUGGCGCGGAAGUGCGGCAUUACCGUCUCCCAGGUGUCCAACUGGUUCGGCAACAAGCGCAUUCGCUACAAGAAGAACAUCGGCAAGGCGCAGGAGGAGGCCAACCUCUACGCCGCCAAGAAAGCUGCCGCUGCAGGCGCGUCGCCGUACUCGAUGGGCGCGGCGUCGGGCACGGCCACGCCCAUGAUGUCGCCGGCGCCCACGCAGGACUCCAUGGGCUACUCGCUGCCGGCGCCGGGCUACGAUCAGCCGCAGCCCAGCUACGACGGCUCCAUGGGCUACGAUCCCAUGCACCAGGACCUGUCGCCGUAGGCCCCACCUGCAGGUUACGGGUUCGACACAUAAUUGUGCAGCUUCCACAGAAUUGCCAUUUACAUUUACUAUUAUAACGUUAAGUAGGUCCGGUACAUACGAACUGCCGCGCACACCGGCGGCCUAGCCUUAGCUCAUAGGACAUUGUAUACUACACCAUAUACUUAGACUACAUAUUACUAGCGAUAUUUUUGGAAGGAAAUGUAAUGAAACGUAUUUUUAUUUGUAUUACGAACUAUAUGACUGGCACCCAGUAUUUGUUUAAUCAAUUUAUAUUAUACAAUUUUAUUUUUAUUAUUAUAGCUAUUGUAUUAGAAAUCAAUUUUCAAUGGCAACUAUUUUAUAGUAUUAUUGUUUAACCAGUGAUGUUGGUUUUGAAAUUAUUUGUUUUAUAUUAUUUUUGGAAAAGUAAUUAUUUGGGCAGUAUUAGUAAUUUAUAAACAAAAGUUUAUCAUCACAUCGAUAUGGCGGGGAUCUCGUGUUUCUAUUCGUUCUAAUAAUCUUUUACUCUACGGUGGUUAUAAUUAUACGAUAGAUGUAAGAUGAACUAUCGUAAUAUUGUUAGAUGUAAGUUCAGAUAUUUUGUGCUGACUAGUGUCUUGUACGACGUGCGUCCGUGUUUGUACACACUUGUUAUUUACACUGCUUAAUCAAUACGUAUUAGAUUAAUCUGAAAUUACUCAGCAUCGAUUAAAUUAAACUAUAGGUAUGUACGGAAAUCAAGUAUACGCUAUAGAAGUGGAAACAGUGUCGUUUUCACACGCUCAGUGUCCGCUCCAACAAUAAUAUUAUACACACAUUUUAUAAUUAUUAUAAAAUUAUUACGACUUUAUGUACAGAUAGUGUUAUAAUAAUAUAAAUAUAAUAACCGUACGAGCACGCUCACUGCACUUUUAACUUAUGUAUACGCAACCAGAUAUAAAUAUUAAUCAUAUUUUUAUAUACAUUUGUUAUUGCUGGAAUGUGGAUUGAGCUAUCGAAGCAUUAUUUUAAAGCAGUGUAGAUCUAAAGUUCUUCAUAUAAGCACGGACACACAGACUUGUGUGCAAUUUUAAUAUUUUAUUAGCAAUGGUUGUGUUAGUGCGCACACGCAACUUGGCCCUUACUGAUCUAAAUGUGGAGCCGUUUUAAAAUACCAGUCAAUUUUAAUCGAUUAUAAAAUAUUGUAUUCUUUUGUUUGUUCUGGGCCGGAUUUGAUAUUGCCCUGGUGUUGUUCAAACGAAGCAUCAAGUAGUAGUAACUACAUAUUUAGCACUGAAUUCGGCUCUGGUCACGCUAAACCAGGAGUUGUGAAUAUCAGAACAAAAUAUUUUAAUUAUCGUGGUGCUAAAAUGUUGGUAGCACAAUUUUAUUUUACUUGUUAGCCGUAAGUUGAAUGUUAUUUUAUUUCGUCGUACAUUUUCAUCGCGAGCAUUACGAGAUCUUAACGAUUGUAACUUAAAAUUAGUUCCACUUAGAGAUAGAUUGGAUAUGAAAAAAAAAAUGCUAGUGUUAAGUUAAUGUGUUCUAAAACAAAAUAUCUGAAACAGUAUACGAGAUAAAAACGAAAAUUUAAUUGAUGUUUUAACGCUGUGGAACAUUGUAAUUUGACGUGCCGCCGCCGAUCGCACCUCUCUUACUCGUUCAGGAUAAAUUAUUUAUUAUAACAGUUGUAAUGUUAAUAUAGAGCCAUAGUCGGGCGGGGCGGCGCGGACACACAUGUAUACGACGACGAGUUCAAUGUUAUUGCGACCAUCAGAUUGACUAAAAUACAUUUUUGUGUAGUUAAA